AUGUCUGCUACCACUGCAGAUGCCAGGCCUCGGCCUGCUGCGGACACCAAGAAGGUGCACAUCGCCGACACAAAAAUGACCCUUAAGAAUUGGUAUAAGCAUGUCGACUGGUUGAAUGUGUACUUCAUCAUCGGUAUUCCACUCUAUGGAUGCAUCCAGUCACUCUGGGUUCCCUUGCAGCUCAAGACAGCUGUCUGGGCUGUUCUCUACUACUUCUAUACGGGCCUGGGAAUCACAGCUGGAUACCACCGUCUUUGGGCUCACUGCUCCUACUCUGCCACUCUUCCUCUCCAGAUCUUUCUCGCUGCCGCUGGCGGUGGUGCCGUCGAGGGCUCCAUCCGCUGGUGGGCUCGUGGCCACCGUGCUCAUCACCGUUACACCGACACCGACAAGGAUCCCUACUCAGUCCGCAAGGGUCUUUUGUACUCGCACUUGGGAUGGAUGGUCAUGAAGCAGAACCCCAAGCGUAUUGGCCGCACUGACAUCACCGACUUGAACGAGGACCCCAUUGUCAAAUUCCAACACCGCCACUACAUCAAAAUCGUCGCGUUCAUGGGUCUCGUCUUCCCCAUGAUGGUCGCUGGUCUUGGUUGGGGUGACUGGUGGGGCGGUUUCGUUUACGCUGGCAUUUUGCGUAUCUUCUUCGUCCAGCAGGCUACUUUCUGUGUCAACUCUUUGGCCCACUGGCUCGGUGACCAGCCAUUCGAUGACCGCAACUCUCCUCGUGACCACGUCAUUACUGCUCUCAUUACCCUCGGCGAAGGAUACCACAACUUCCACCACGAGUUCCCCUCUGACUACCGUAAUGCUAUCGAAUGGCACCAGUACGACCCUACCAAGUGGUUCAUCUGGACCUGCAAGCAGCUCGGUCUCGCCUAUGACUUGAAGCAGUUCCGUGCCAACGAAAUCGAAAAGGGUCGUCUUCAGCAACUUCAGAAGAAGCUCGACAAGCGCCGUACUCAGCUCGACUGGGGCAUUCCCCUCGACCAGUUGCCAGUUAUGGAAUGGGACGACUAUGUUGAACAGGCAAAGAAUGGCCGUGGCUUGAUUGCCAUUGCCGGUGUUAUCCACGACGUGACCGACUUUAUCAAGGACCACCCUGGUGGCCGGGCCAUGAUCAACUCGGGAAUUGGCAAGGACGCCACUGCCAUGUUCAACGGUGGUGUGUACUUCCACUCCAACGCCGCCCACAACUUGCUUUCUACCAUGCGUGUUGGUGUUAUCCGUGGAGGCUGCGAAGUUGAGAUCUGGAAGCGCGCUCAAAAGGAGAACACCAAUGUCGACUAUGUCCGCGACACCAAUGGCCAGCGUGUCGUUCGUGCCGGCGAGCAAGUCACUAAAAUCCCGCAGCCAGUUGCCACAGCCGAUGCUGCUUAG